AUGUCCCAGCAUUACGUCCAGAAAAUCGCACCUGCCCUCAUGCAGAAUCCAAAAAGCGAGACGAAUGGAAACGUGAACUAUACGUUCACUGUAGGAAAACUUGAUGCCGGCAUUGCGAUUUUGAUCGGAGAACGUGCAUCGUUGAUCGAGUUUCCUUCCUUGCUUCUUCCUGACGGCGUGAAACUCGGCAGUGUCGUGGAUAUUUGCGUGAAACGCAAUGAAACGGAAGAACAAAACAAACGCGAAGAGUUUGUCUCGCUGCAGGACGAUAUUCUGCAAAUGUACGGGCUCAACAGUCCGACGCCCCCCGUGCUGCGUCUGCGCAAUGCGACACAGACAACACUGUCACUCGAGUGGGACCCAUUGCAGCUCGCAAAUGCAAAGCUGCUCUCGCUCGAUAUCGUGCGCAAUGGGCAGCGCAUUGCCAAGAUCCCCAACCCGCUCAGCGCAACGUCUACAAAACUUUCGGGCCUUGCGCUGAAUACAAAAUACACUAUCCAGCUUGUCCUAUGUACGAGCGCAGGCAUCUUUUCUUCCGAAGAGCUUCUCACACAGACGCAUACGAUUUAUGACCUGAGCGGCAUUCAUGUAUGUCUUGGCAUGAUUCGCGACGCGGCACUGCGCGAUGCGACGAAAGAAGUGGUCCAGGCGAUUGAUGCACACUGGUCGGACCAACUGCUGAUCGAAACGACGCACUUGGUGUGCACAGAAGAGCCCACACGCGGCGCGCCAGAUGCUGAUAUGCAGCGCGUGUAUGCCAAGGCACAACAGCUGAGCAUCCCCAUGGUCCAGCCACAUUGGGUGUUUGCGUGCCAGGAAGAGAAACGCAUGGUCAAUAUUGGUAGCUACUAUUUGGACAAGAUCCCACCGAACGCGAUGCGGGUCAAGGAGCGCAUCCGAAAAGCGAAACUGCACGACGAGCUGCGCGAGGAAGGACGGGAAGUAGCGACGCCAGAAACAGAGGCGCCACUCCCACCUCUGCCGAGCGAGGCAGAAGCACUCUCGCACGAAAUGGACGAAGAACAAAGCGAGGCAGAGUUGCCCGCAGAGUCCAGCAUGGAAGCGACAGCGCCAGAAGAGCCAGCUCCAGCGCGGAGCACGACGCCUUGUUCGGCCAAUAGCGAAGGACUUGAGUCUGGUAUGGAAAAUAUUGCCUUGUAG